CGGACUGCACCACUGCAUCAGCUGGAGGGGGGCGCGUGGGCGCUUCAGCGCGGAUACAGCUAUUACAGACUUAGAUCUACACGAGACGUUUAAUACAGGUCCAGCUCGCCUCCAGUCAUUUCCGGUUUGUCAGUCGGUGUGGACGUGCCUGAUAAUCGUGUGAUGAGACGCAGGAAAGAUCUGCAGUAAGUCAUGGAUCUGAGCUUGAGGUCAGCCGGUGGUCACAGCUCUGAAGCCCAGGGGUCUGAUUCAGGAGAGGAUCUGCACACUUCAGCUGCUCCUGGUGAUCUGGACGAGCACGGGAAGAGUCUCUCAGCCCGAGUCAAGCCUUUCCGGUGCUCUCAGUGUGGGAAGGGGUUCUCCCGCAUCCAGCAUCUGUCCGAGCACGUGCGGAUUCACACGGGAGAGAGGCCUUUUGAGUGCGUGGUGUGUGGGAAGACCUUCACCCGCGAGAGAGACCUCAAGACUCAUCAGAUCGUCCACUCGGAUGCCAAGGCCUUUCACUGCGCCAUCUGUGUGAAAAACUUUGCCCUGUUGUCCUCCUUGAGGAGACAUCUGCGUGCAUUUCAUCAAGGUCAGGAUGUUAGUACAGAGGGUAAGUGUUUAAUUUGUGUUGAAUGUGGGAAGAAUUUCACGUGCCAGCUGGAGGACCAUGAGCUGACACACACCGGAGAGAUUUCCCACCGCUGUCCCGACUGCGUCAGCAGCGCCACACAUCUGUCCAGCCUCAUGUCUCCCGAUCAGACCUUCUCCGACUCCGAGGACAUGGACCUUCUGGAUGCUCAUGACGGCGAGAGGCCUUGCAGUUUUGUGUCCUCUGAAGAUCUACACAAGCACUUACAAACCGCCGCACUUGAGGACGGUAGUGAAUCUCUCUCUCUGGACCUAGUAGACGAUAUUGAAAGCGAAGCACCUAAUGAAAACAUUUCCCAAAGUCAUCAUGAAGAGGCUGAGAGAGCUCCGUCUCCUUCAUCUGAGCUCGCUCACAACUCUGCUGAAAAGGGCCCUGAAACGCUGAAUCCUCUUCUAGAGGAAGAGUUGGCAGCUCACCAGCUGAACAAGCCGCACCAGUGCAGUCACUGUGGGAAGAGGUUUCACAAGCAGGCGAAGCUCCGGAUCCAUCUGCGCGUUCACACCGGAGAGAAGCCCUACCAGUGCUCCCAGUGCGGCAAGCACUUCAGCCAAGCAGUGAACCUCAGAAAACACCACCGUACUCACCACACCGAGGAGAGACCGUACCCCUGCACGCUCUGCGACCGCAGGUUCUCUCUCUCCUUCUCACUGAUAAAGCACCAACGAGUCGCUCAUCCAGAACAUUUGAGUGUUGCUGAAAGGGAUCGCUUCACCUGUCCGUACUGUGGAAAAAUAUUCGGACGACAUCAAGACAUGGAGCAGCAUAAACGCAUUCACACUGGAGAGAGACCGUUCCGCUGCAGCGUGUGCAACAAAAGCUUCAGGCAGCGCUCCGUGUUGAUCGUGCAUCGGAAAAUACACACCGGAGAAAAGCCUUUCGAAUGUUUCAUAUGCUUCCGGCGGUUUUACGGUUCAGGAGAUCUGAAGACGCACAUGGGAACUCACACUGGCGUGAGACCCCACAAUUGUCCUUUGUGCUCCAAAAGCUUCCCUCGGCCCAGCAGCCUGCAAGCACACAUGCAGUCCCAUCUGAACAAGCGGCAGGAAGGAGAUGCUGUGAGCGCCGGAGCUGAGGACGAGGACCAGGGGGAGCCAGAGGACGAGGAAGGAGCCUGCGCUGUGUCUGCUUCAUCACAGCUUUCUGAAGACAAAAUGAGCACAGGGGAGCGUCUAUCAGAGACUGAGAUGGGAUUCGGUUUAUCAGUGAAUCUUGACCUUGAUGCUGGUCAGGGGUCCAGUUCAGAGUGGACAGAUCAUCAGAAGCCGUACCGUUGUGUCAUAUGCAACAAAACCUUCUCUUUCGCAAUUUCCCUGAAAAGACAUCAACUUAUAUUUCACCCAGAUCAGCAUGUCGACAAAGAGGGGAAGUGUUUCCCCUGCUCUUAUUGCGGGAGGAAGUUCGGUCGACGCCAAGGAUUGUUACAGCACGAGCGAAUUCACACAGGUGAAAGGCCCUUCAACUGUCCCACCUGUAACAAAAGCUUUCGGCAGCGAUCGGCUCUAGUUGUACAUAUUAAAACGCACACAGGGGAGAGGUCGUUCCUGUGCUUUGUGUGCAGUAAAAGCUUUUAUACCCCAGGAGACUUGAAGAAACAUCUGGAAAUUCACACAGGAGUGAGGCCACACAACUGCCCUGUAUGCUUCAAGGGGUUUGGGCGUCCCAGUUUCCUCAGAGCUCAUAUGCGCGUACAUGAGAAAGUUUCCACAAAGAAGCAAAGUGGAACAGAGAAACCUAAAGGUGGACCGAAAGUCGACUCGCAGGAGAAGCCAUUUGAAUGCGCUAACUGUGGGAAGAGAUUCGGUCAGCAUUGUAUGUUAAAAAUUCACCAGCGGAUUCACACAGGAGAGAGACCUUACAAGUGCUCUCAGUGUGGCCUGAGUUUUCGCUGGAAGAGAAACCUGAUAGCCCACCAGAGCAGCCACCUGGGCGAGAACCCUCUCCAGUGUUCAAUAUGUGAUGAAACGUUUGUGUCCGAAGCAAGUCUGAAAAAACAUCAAGAUGAGUUUCAUUCAGGGGUCUCGCAUACAUGCAGUUUGUGUUUGAAGACAUUUACUCAAGCAGCUGGCCUCAGAAAACAUGUGCGGUAUGUUCACGAAGGAGAGCGACCGCACAAAUGCUCCGAGUGCGGGAGAGGAUUCGUCAAACUCUCCGAUCUGGCGCGUCACCAGCGCCGCCAUCAUUACGACCGGGGCGGCGAACUCUUUCAGUGCUCGCAGUGUGAGCGAAGCUUCAGUCAUCCCAGCAGUCUGGUUCUGCACCGACGGACACACAACGAAGAAAAGCACGAGUGCCCUCAGUGCGAUAAGAUUUUCGGUCAGGCGGGACACCUGAAGGUUCACCUGCGCACUCACACCAAAGAGAAUAAACCCAAAUUCGAGUGCCCUGAAUGUGGGAAGAGUUUUGGCCAAGCUAAAGAUUUGGUGGUUCAUCAGAGGGUUCACACCGGAGAAAAGCCGUACCAGUGCCCUCAGUGCAAGAAGAGCUAUCGGCAGUUUGCGCAUUUGUCCGUUCAUCUGCGGAGUCACACGGGGGAGAAGCCCUAUCAGUGCCCCAUAUGUCUCAAAUUCUUCGCUCAUUCAUCAUCCAUGAAAAAACACCUGCGUGUAAUGCAUGCAGAGGGGAAAGAUUUAACCGUAUCGAAGGAAGUUGUGAAGGUCACUGUUGGCGUCGGCCCAUCUAACGCACCUGUCGAAGUUAAGCAAGAACCAGAGUCUGCUGAUGAAUAUGGUGAGGGAGAAUAUAGCUACCAGUUUCUCCUUCAAAACCAAAGAAACGUGUCAUCGUAAAGAUGGCACAAACGCAUUGCAAGAAAAGUCACCAUUUUCAGCCUUUAUAUUUCUAUACAAACAUGUUAUUGUUGUGCUUUUCGGGUACAAGAAUAUUCUUCUUGUAUUUAUGUCUAGAAACAGGACUGACACUAUUUUGCAUGAUCAAUAAAGUGUUCCUUUGUCCUUUGGAAAUAAAUGCUAUAAUCAUGCACCUACGAAUAUCCACUUUUCAGAAGUAUUUUGUGUAUUAUACAAAAUCCUGGUAACAGGGUUGACAUUUUUAAUGAUAAUGGAGAAUAUUUGUAUUGGGAGAUCACUUCCUGAAAGGAUAAAGCAGAUUUUUGUGAUAAUAUUACAGUAUGGUAACAGGGGUGAGUGAUGAUGGUAACAGGGUUGAUGCAUAACUAUAACCAGUGACUGCUUUUUGUAUUCAACUUGUAUGUGACAAUUUGCACUCACAUUCACAAUAUGA